UUUUGUUAUUUGGCUUUCAAAAUUAAAAUAAUAACAAUAAUAAAACUGUGAGAUUUCGCGACAAACUAAAUUAGUAAAUCAUGUUCCGGGAGAAUUUUGUCACAGGUAAAACAUUUCGUCGUAUCACACCAGUCAAUUGACGGGGACCAGUCUAUAAACACAACAGCCUGCGAAGUUCGCAUUGACAAAACGUACGGUAUUGGGUAUGGGGAAGGACAAAUUACCACAAACUCCGAGUAAUUCCACUGGGACAAGUACAAACGGCUAUUCAAUUCAAAGACAGGGCUCCCAGAAGCUGACCACGUCAAAUGGACUGUAUGACGUUUGUUGUAAGGUGAUGUUGAUCGGCGACAGUGGCGUCGGCAAGACGUGUCUUCUCGUCCGCUUCAAGGAUGGAACCUUUCUGUCGGGAAGCUUCAUAUCCACUGUCGGUAUUGACUUCCGGAAUAAAGUGGUUGAUGUUGAAGGAACUAAAGUCAAGUUGCAGAUUUGGGACACGGCAGGCCAGGAGCGAUUCCGGAGUAUAACCCACGCAUACUACAGAGAUGCUCAUGCACUCUUGUUGCUCUAUGACGUGACCAGUAAAGCUAGCUUUGACAACAUCAGGGCCUGGCUUGCUGAAAUUAAUGAAUAUGCACAAGAAGAUGUUGUGAUAAUGUUGCUAGGCAACAAAGCUGAUCUUGGUGACAGAGUAAUUCGAGCCGAAGAUGGUGAAAGAUUAGCCAAGGAAUAUAAUGUUGCAUUUAUGGAGACCAGUGCCAAGACAGGGCUGAAUGUGGAACUGGCUUUCAUGGCUGUUGCUAAGGAUUUAAAGAUGAAGAAGAUACGUCGUCCAAACGAGCCACGGUUUAACGUCGCCGAUUACGUAGAGCAAGAAAAAAAGACGAACGGCUGCUGUAGUUAGCACCUGCUGCUUGAUUGGGACUCUUUUGUGCUGGGGGAAUAACAUGGGUGGGUGGGUGGACACAGCAUCAGGGGAAUGUAUUGCCAAAACAAGACAAGACUGGAAAGACAAAAACAGGCAUGUGUGCAGGAGGGGUCUAGAAUGUUGCUAGCAAUGGUUUUAGUCCCCAGAAAAUACAUUAAAAAAGAAAUGUUCAUAAAGAAGGGGUUGAAACCCCCCCACCCCUUCCCCUUGACACAUGCCUGCAAAACCUAAUACUGUCUGAUAAUUAUGGUAACUACAGAGAGGCAUGGCCUCCGUACUGUCAUGUGAUACAGAUUUACACCAUAUAGUGCUAAGAACUGCACACCAAAACACCUUGAUAAUAUGUCUUAAAAUUCUAUCUGCAUUUUAACAUUAUGCAUAAUAUAUACAUGUGAUACAAAAUUAGUGUACUUUUAUUGUUUUGGUGAGGGUGUUGUCAACUUAACCAAAAAUGUUAUUAGAAAUGUAAAUGUUAAAAACAAAUACCCAGGACACAUUUAUAUACAUUACGAUACGUAAGUAAAUUUUAACAUCUCUUUGCCUGCCUAUACUUUUUAAUUAUAUCUUUUGCUUUGUUAGCAAAUCUGUUCACUGAAGCAGUUAUUGCUAUAAAUGUGCGCAGUUUCCAUCAUCAAAUCAAACCUCCAAGAAUUUAAAGUUUUGAAACCCAUUAAACCAUUUAAUAUAUGUCGUCAUUAAUUUAAUGCACAAAUAAAAAAUGGGAUACUCAAAACUAAA